GGAGAAUAUUCAGGGGCUCGGUACUGCGUAUAUGCAAAUCGUCAGUAAACCAACAAGCAUCAUACGAUUGCUCGGCGCUCACACGAUGUGGAUUAAAACUCAGCUAGGCCCCUAGGGGCGGGUGUGGUGCCUGUCGCUCAGUGCUGCAAGGCUCAACAAAACUGCCGAAGAUGAUGGCUCAUCCAAGCCCUUCGAUGCCCAACCGGAGGGCAGGGAAAAGGACCUGGGGAGGAGCGAUCGCCGUGCUGACCCUGCGAGAACGGGCGAUUGGCGGGGUGUCGCCGCCUUGUUUCUCAGGCACCAGCGCCGCUCCACUAUGCUGUUGGCGCCGACCUCGGACAGCCAGCCAUUAGUAAUCAGAGCGGUGACAAUCUUUCUUUUGCCCCCCCACCGGCGAUUUGAAAUACGACCCUGCUUCAGCAAUCUAUCUGCCCCUCCACGUCCGACGAGUCGACGACGAAUCGCUCUUUCCUGUGUCUCACGACAGUCAAACAGCCAGCAUGCCGUCCUUCCCUGUCAUGAUCGACACCACGGUCGAUUUUGACCCGGUGUUCGCCUCCAAGAAGGCCCCCGCCGACCAGUCACGCAACCUCCUCCUCGCACCCCCCUCCAUCGCCGCCCACGAAGAGAAACUCCGCCGCGUUUUUACCAGCUUUGACCGCUCGACCACCGAUCUGCAGAUGUUGGACCGCCUGUCUGCCGGCCUGGUUUCGCUGCCUCAGGCUGCGUACGAUGUCGUGCUGGUUCUGACGGAUGCCGACGGGGCCUAUCGGGCCGAGGCGCUCCAACUGCUCAGCCGGGAUGUCUUCAACGCCCUGGUCCCUGCCAUGAAGUCCGGUGCGAAGCUUCAGCUGCAGGACGGCCGGCUGGGACAAAAUGACGCACGCGAAGCAAUCUUGGCGGGGCUGGUGGAGAAGGAUGGCGUCUUCGAGAAGAUGGUAUACGAGGCGACUGUUGUCCCGCUGCGACUGGGUGGAAGGAAGAAGAAGCCGGCUGCUCGACCGAUUUUGCCUAGCAAUGAUCUGGGCGAGUACAAGGACGGUGAUGAGUUGAUCGAUGAGGAUGACUUGCUAUCCGAGGAAGAUCUCAAGAGACCACCCGUGCAAGAAGCCGCAAACUGCCGCCCAGAGGUCGCCAAGAAGAGACGACGUGCAUGCAAGGACUGCACCUGCGGACUCGCCGCUCGACUCGAAGCCGAGGACCAAGAGCGCCGAGCCAAAGCCGACGAAGACUUGAACGUGUUCAAACUAAACAUGACCGAUCUAAACGAUGAAGAAUUGGACUUCACCGUGGCCGGCAAGACGAGCUCGUGCAACAACUGCUCCCUGGGCGAUGCUUUCAGAUGUGAUGGCUGCCCCUUCAUUGGCCUUCCGGCAUUCAAGCCGGGCGAGGAGGUCAUGAUCUUGAACAACACAGUGCAGUUGUAAUUGAAACACUGCCUUUCACGACCACUCUCUUUCUUCCUCUCCCUCUCUCUCACAGUUCCGUUCCCGGACUGUCCACCUCCACCCACCAACCGUCGAAUUACGGUUCCACUUCUCACUCGGACCCGACAGGCGACAAGUCUGUCAUUUUCGAUUCGUAC